CAGAAGAACCCGACCGUGCGUCACACGCAGGGACGUCACAACUUGUCCCAACGGCAGCGCGGACGGGACAGGACCCCCCUGGGGCCGUGGGACGGGACCCCCCUGGGGCAGCAGGACAGGGGGGACAGUGGCGGGGGGGCGGCGGGUGCUGGUGGCCGGAGGAUGGAAGAGGCGGUGGUGAAGCAGGGUGUGCUGCACCUCCAGCUCCAGCAGACCUUCGGGAAGAAAUGGAGGAAAUUCUGGGGCAUCUUAUACCGUGAAAGCUCCUGCUCCACCGCCCGCCUGGAGCUCUUCGAGGGCUCGGUGCCACCGAACGCUGAGAAGCUGCGGAAAGGCGAGGGCAGCAAGCGGCUGGUGAAGCUGAGCGACUGCGUGCAUGUGGCCGAGGCCAGCGGCGAUGCCACCUGCCCCAGGGACACCAUCCCCUUCCUCCUGGAGACCACGGACAAGCGGUACCUCCUGGCUGCCGAUGGCGCUGAGGCCAACGGCUGGAUCCUGAAGCUGUGCGAGCUGGCGUUCCCGAGGAGCAGGGAGGAGUGGGCGGCAGGGAAGAACGGGCAGCAGACAUCACUGGGCACCGAUGGCGAGUUCUCCAUGGAGGAAAAUUCCCUGUACAGCUCGCAGGGGAAAGCCGGCUUGGAGCAGGUGUUCAAGGUGACGGUCAGGGCCACCGAGUCCUCCGAGCGCUGCCGGCUCUGGGGCCGGUGCAUCCUGCGAGCAGGUGACGAGGCGCUGGAGCUGCUGGACUUCCAAACCUUGGACAUCAUCUACAGCUGGCCCUACCGCUUCCUGCGGCGCUUCGGGAGGGAUAAGGUGACCUUCUCCUUCGAAGCCGGCCGGCGCUGCGCAUCCGGAGAAGGCAACUUUGAGUUUGAGACUCGGCAAGGGAACGAGAUCUUCCAGGCCAUCGAGUCGGCCAUCAACCUGCACCGGGGCCGGGGGGCCGAGGAACCGCGAUGGGGAGGCCCUGGGGAUGAUGCCCCCCGGCCACUCGGCCACACCAAGAUGCCCAGUUGGGCGCAGGGACACGAGGAGCCCCGUGCCACCAAGUGCCCCUCGCUGGAGCCUGCCCGGGAGGGGAAGGUGCCAAAAACCAAGCUGCCAAUGCCCCCCAGCAGCGGCCCAGGGAUUGGGGAGCUGUCGGGAGCUUUUCUGCCCCCCUGCAGUGCCGAUUGCCACUACAAUGAGCCCUGCAAUGCCCUGCGCCGGGGGACCCCCCCGGGACGGAGGCAGGAUGCUCCAGCCAAGACGACCACUGAAUGCGAGUACGCUGUCCCCUUUGACACCAUCACCAAGACCUUCGUGGCUCAUAAAUUCAGCAGCGUGGCCCAUGGCCCCGAGGAUGUCCCCGAUCCCUUCUACCACAGCAUCGGGGAGGCGAGGACACAGAUGAGCAAGCAGCCCCCGCCGCGCCCCACCGCCGCCAAGCCCGAGCACAUCUACGAUGAACCCGAGGGUGUCUCUGCCCAAACCAUCUACGACGAGCCUGAGGAGGUGAAGGGGGAGGCGUGGAGGCUGCAGGCGGCCGUGGAGGAGCCCCCCGGGCACGAGUACCCCUACAACCCGCAGCAGGAUGACUACGCUGUGCCCAAGAGACCCGUCCCAGCCCGGCAGCCCUUCCUGCUGCAGGGCAAGGAGUGGCUGGGGGACACUGAGUAUGACAACGUGGUCCUCAAGCUGGCCAAGAAGAGGGACCUGCAGUGAGUGGGAUGGGGAAGGGGAGGAGGGGAGAGGAAUUACCCCCCCUCCCGCAGCUCCAACCCCCCAAACUGGGACCCCCUUCCCCGGCAGAGCUGAGACCCCCCCAGCUCAGCGCACCCAUGGACGGAGGGGAGGAGGUGAGGGCAUCCUCUCCAGAGCGGCGGGGAACAUCUGGGCAGCUGCGGGGCACAUCUGGGCAGCUGCGGGGCCGGCAGCCGCUGGAGGGCAGCGUGCGCUCGCCGAACGGGCAGGGCAGGCAGCGAGCAGGCAGGGGACCCUCCGGCAGCCCCUUCGCGGCUCCGGCACCCCCGGAUCGCAGCAUCGGGGGCUCCUGCGGACCACAAGCCCCCCCGGUCCUCACCCGGCCAAACCUCAAGAUCCCCAGUUCCGCCAUGCACACCCCUGGGGAUGCACAUCCCAAACCCCAACAUGCAGUUGGACAAUGCUCAUCCUGGACCCCAAGAUACAGCCGGACAAUGCAUGACCCCAGGGGUGCAGAUACUACACCCCAAGGUGCAGCUGGACAACGCAACACCACCCAAGGAUGCUCAGGCCGUGCUGGUGGGUGAUGCACACCCCCGGGGAUGCACAUCCCACACCCCAAAAUGCAGCCAGACGAUGCACAGCUCCAGGAUGCUCAGCCCCAGGGAUGCAGAUCCCACACCCCAAGAGGCAGCCAGACGAUGUGCAACCCCCAGGGAUUCUCAGCCCACGCUGGUUGGUGAUGCUCACCCCAGGGAUGCAGAUCCCACACCCCAUGAUUCAUCCGGAUGAUGCACGACCGCAGGAUGCUCAGCCCACGCUGGCUGGUGAUGCUGACCCCCCAGGACACACACCCCGCACCAUAAGAUGCAGCGAGCAGUGCACAGCUGACAGCAAACACGCUGCCUGCAGAUUUCUCUUUGCCCACACCAUUUUUUGUCCACUCAGCCCUUGCUGGGAUGGCACCACGGCCACACGCAGCCCCCAGCCCCCCUGGGAUGUGCUCGGUCCCCCCAGCAGCCAGCGCUGGGGCCAAGCACCGAUCCUGCCCAAUGGUCAUGCCGCAUCCUUGCUCAGCAAGAACAGCGGUAUAAAUUUCCACUGUCUCAGCCAUGUUCUUAUUUUUAAUUCUUCUUUUUUUCUACAAACCCACUUUCCAGUUCCUCUGAAUUAUAGAUGAAAUACUCAGCUUUAUUGUCAUGGUGAUUUCAGUGGCUGGCUCCUCUCCUCCUGGGACACUGAGAGCAGUACAUGGCUUGGCACAGCCUGACCUGCUCUGGGUCACCCUCCUCCUCCUCCUCCAGCCCUUGCUUGGGGACACGCAGCCCCUCAGCCGGCACAGUGAGAGUCACCAGCCCCAAUUCCCCAUCAGCAGAUGGUUUCCUGGCACAGAACCGUCUCCCAGGGCUCUGUCAGUGCCCAUCACUCCGAACAGACCAUCUCUAGCACCCACCAGCUCCAUCAACAUGAUGGAGGGAGCUCAGGAGCCGCUGCUGGUCCCCCAGCACCCUGGCAGGUCUGUCACCGAAGGCAAAGAAAAGGCAUGAAUUAUUUAUAAUCUCUUUCAAUCAAAUAAAUGCUUAGGUGCUUGAGUUAAUUUCCCGGAUCCUGAAAAUCCAAAGUGCAGACUUUUAAUAAGGCAAAUUAAGUGCUUUAUAUAUUGCACUGAUUAAAGCUCCGUCUCUAUCACACGCCGAAUCGGAGGGGCUGGAAAACAAACAAGUCCCUCGUGCAGGCAGCGGUGGGGUCCCUGCACAGAAAACCAUAAAACGGGUCAAAAAAUAAAAGAACAAACAAGUUUUUCACAGUUUUUUUACCAGUGAGUAAAAUUUAGAGCAAGGAAGAGCACAGACCAUGGCAGAUCUUGCUGAUGAUGUGGGCAGAGGUUUGGAGACACGGGGUGGGCUGGAGGGAUGGGAGGUGGUCCUCAGCCCAUGCCCCCCAUCCUUUCCUGGGUCUGUUCCUAUGGCAACAAGAGGUGAUCCCCAUCCCUGGCCGGGAUGAUCCCCAUUCCCAACCAGGCUGAUCCCCAUCCCUGGCCAGGAUGAUCCCCAUCCCCAGCCAGGCUGAUCCCCAUCCCCAAUCACGCUGGUUCCCAUCUCCAGCCCUCAAUAUGACCAGGAGCAUCCAUCAGCACUACCGGCUUGGUCAUCUGGAGCGAUGGGGACUCCUGACGGAAUGAUGCCAUUCACCGGGAAUCAAUCGCUUAAGCAUGCGCUAUUAUUAAUUAGUGCUCAUUAUAGUGGUUAUUCAUUAUUAAUCGGUGUUAACACAGUCCUCUCUCUUUGCCGCCCUCCAGCCCAGCUCCCUGCUGCAAUCCUCGCUCCUUCCAGCCUCCUCCACCGCUAUUUUUCUUCAUUAAGCAAAGAAAUGGAAACACUUUCUGGACUUCACUUAAAGAUCCUGUGGGUCUAACGAGAUUUGUACCAUGCCAGGCAGGCUAACGAGGAGUCGCUGCGAAUGGCACUAAUCGAAUUUCACAGACGCAGCAGCACGGGCCGGGCAAAGCGCCGGGGGUUUUGCUGCUGGAGUAAAUCGCUCGCAGCUUCCCCCAUCGGCACGGACGGGGUUUUAGGGUGGAAAAGGAGACAUGUCCUGGACUAUCGAGCCCAGGUAAGGAGGAUGCGAAGGCUGGAAAAGCCCUCAGCGAGGCUCGGAAAACAAAAUCGAUGGCGGAGAAGGGAGGAAGAGAUUACAGCGCAAAGCCCCAGACAAAUGGAGAGCGCUUUAAUCUGAUUAGGGACUUAUUGUCGUUAUUGUAUUAUGCUGAUUAUAAAUCAUUUAGGAGCACAAGCUAAUCAAAACAGAGAUUUGUUCUGAGCUUAAAGGGUCCAGCAAAAGCCCCUGCCCAUCUUCCCCAGCACCCUCCGGGAGCUGCAUCCCAGGGUGAUGGGCAUGGACCAGGGAUGCAGCCCCAUGGAUAAAACAGGGAUGAUGCCGGGGAAUGGCGGGGCUGGCAAGGUUUGGAUGGGCAGAGCGAGGAAAAAGGGGUACGGACACCCCAACAUGGAGAAAUAAAGCAGGAGCGAGCUCCCCGAGUAACCAGCAUGGGGAUGCUGCCCAUGGUCAGGAGAUGAUGCUCCCGGGGCCGGGUGUACCGGGCUCAUUUCCCUCCCCUUGCUCCAUGCACCUUGUCGAAGUAGCUUCUUUUUUCAUUACUGUCUCCUCGAAUUAGGGACGUGUUCGCUUUGCAGCGCGCUCGCCGCUCGGCCGCCGAAUCCCAGGCGCCAGCGAUGCAGCUGCAAACUGCAUUAGCGUCUCGUCGAGGAGGCCCUAAUACUAUUAGGAGGGAGGCAUUAUAGGUGCUAAAUGACAAGUCCCUAAUCAGUGCCGGGAUUUAUGUCAAUCACGUUCGCUGCGCAGGGCGGAGCAGGGCCCUUCAUUCAGAAAAUGAAUCGCCUAAUUGGGAUGAUCUGGAUUCUCUCCGCCUGUCUCGUUUGGGGAGCUCUGGGGCUCCUGGUUGCCUCCUCGGGAUGGGGAGUUAAUGAUGCUGGGGACAAGGUGCAGGGUGAGGAGCAGGGAGGUGAUGACUGUGGCCACGGGUUGGAGCUGCAGCCAACUCCUCGCUUCACCCAGCCUGCUUUAUGUUCUCCUUUUUGGUGGCCUGAGAAGGCAGAACCGGUCACUGCUGCGUUUUUGCAGACAAGGCAUCAGUCCAGACUCUGCUGAGCACUGUACAGGCAAAGAGGGGGGGUAAAAGAGGCUUUUUUCCCCAUUUCCCCACCCCUGCGUGGGUGCCCUUAAAGAGCCGGCCUGCCCUCCUGCCCUUUGCUUCAGCAAAAUUAAUUGCCAAUUGCCAGAAGUCCAUAAAACCCAGCUUUUCUUGGGGAAGGAAGCUGUAAAAGCAUCGUGUCCGCAGCCGUAUUUCCAUCACUCCGCAUUGAUCCCGUGGCCUCUGCCGGCCACGGCUCAGCUGUGGGGUGAUGUGUUUGGCCCCCGCAAACCCACCUGCAUCGAUCCCGGGGACCUCGGCCAGCCCACACCCCCCCAGCAGCAUCCCUGGGUGUCCCGUGUCCUCCCUCUCCUUCCCACCCAUCUGGAGAUAUGUAUAACGGAGAAAAAAGCCCUAUAGCUGCAAGGGGCAUAUUGCAGCAUCAGCAACCCCCCCAGCACUGAAAUACCCUGUGGCUGGGCAGGGUUUGGGGAGCAUCCUUCUGCAGGAUGGAGGGAUGCAGGAGGAUGCAGCUGGGCUCUCCCACUGAGGCCAACCUGAUGCUCCAUGAGACUGGGGAUGCUCCAGGAGAGCAUGGUGUGCAGAGCCCGGACCAAAGGAGCAGCUGAAUUUGCUUCUCGGACCUAGAAAAGAGGAGAAGGGCUGGUGGCCAAGGGUGUGGGGAGGCAGUUCCCUUCUGGAAAGGCAAUUUGCUGCUGGGUUUGGUCCAGGGGAUGGAGGUUCUUAUGGAACUCUGGUCUUGCUGGGCUGUGGGAGGUAAUGGGAGCAGGAGGGACUGUUCCCGCAUCUCACCCCGAGCCCAAUAAUCCCUCCGUAUCAUUUCCCAGCGCUGAAUAUUGCACCAAGGCUAAAAUACCAACAAUUUGUAUUACAUCAGCACUUCAUGGAGCCUGGGAGAGCGUUUUAGCUCUUUUUUUUUUUUUUGCAUGUUACUCCUACACUUUCAUUAUGGGAAUCCCAUGAUGGAGAAGGGCAGAAUGUGGCCAGAGCCCGAAUUUCUGAGUCCUGCCCGCUCACCCCAUUGUGCUGUAGGGCCAGGUUGCAUUUAAACACCUAAAUUGAAUCCGGAGAUUCAGCUCCCACAUGCCUCUGCUGCAGCGGACGCGUUCAGUACGUUCCCAUUACCUAAAUACGCACCGUUUGAACAAAAAUAAUGCUCUGUAUGUUUUACAGAGCGCCCCCGCACACGGAUUUUGUCAGGGCUGCAAUAUAAAUAUCCCCACCAGCCUCCCGACACCCACCUGCCCAGACUGAUGCCUAAGCAAGAAAACGCAAAAAUCCGCCCUCUGCUAAUCUGCUGUUCACAGCAAUAAUUAAACAGCAAACGAGGAUGCUGAAACCUGCCCUGCCCCAGCCGGGUGGAUGCCCAGGAAGGGUCUGGUCCCCCUGGGUUUGACUAGGGGACCCUGGUGUCCUGGAGCAGCCCCAGUGCUCUGUGUCACCGUGGCACAGGGCACAUGUCCCUGUUAUUAAAAGCCAUCACAGGGCCGGUGUCACACUGUCCCCUGAAGAACCACCACCUUUCCCAGGGCCUCAUCUCAUUAGAAAAGGAGCUGGGGAAGCGGCUGAAUUUCCACCCUGCUGCUCUCGGUUAUCUCUACGAAAGGGGAGCCAAUUACCAGCAGCUGGUGAGAGCCCAAAAUUAUUAUUAAUUUCAAACAAAGCAUAUGCUUUGUGUUAACAAUCCUCCGUGGUGUGGCAGAAGGGCCGAUCCCAUCCAGAUGGCUCCACACGCACUGGGAAUGACUAAUGCAUCUUGCCGGGAGACGAGCAGGGGCUGUGCCCGUCAGGGUCAGUGGCAGCAGGAGCCCGGCACAGGGUCGCAAGCAGCAUCAGUCGCUGCUUAAAACCAAAGAGAAUCCCUGUGCACUUAGGUUAAUGUCCCCACAGUGUCCCCACACUCAGGGUGAGGCAGCAGGGAUGCUGGCAGUUCUGCAGAGCCAGCAUCAAGCUCCCCCAGAGAUGAUAUACAUGUAUUAAGGAAGUAUAAGUAUACUAAUAGAAUAUUAAGGAAUAUUAAGCUGCAUCCAUUUCUGCCCAGGGAGGUUGUAGAGUCUCCUACUCUGGAGACAUUCAAAACCCACCUGGCCACCUUCCUGUGUAGCCUCAUCUGGGUGUUCCUGCUCCAGCAGGGAGAUUGAACUAGAUGAUCUUUUGAGGUUCCUUCCAAUCCCUAGCAUUCUAUGAUUUGGAAUAGAAUAUUAAGGAAUAUUUGGAAUAGAAUAUUAAGGAAUAUUUGGUUCCCAGACCUGCUGUCCCAACAGAGGGAGGUGAAGCAUCCCCGUGGGAUGCUCAAGGCUGGUGCUGUCCCACAAGUGCCCUGCAAGCAGAAUCCCUUGCUGGAUUUAUGCUGGAAUAUAGGAUGAAGCGUUCUCCUUUUCGUCCCUGC